GGUAGGCGCUACCACUGAUGAAAGGAGGCUCCUGAUUGGCUCGCCGACGCGGCCCGACUUCUGUUCCUAUCCAGCGUUAGUCGUCAGACGGCCCACUCCACCUUCGAACUCUAGCAUCCCCGAUCGACAUCCUGACGCAGUCUCCGUACCAACAGCAACCACGCUCGAAGCUCUCGGAAGUCGCCGGCCCGGGACGCUCUGUGCCAACGUGCGCUGUGUGCGUCUUACUACACCCUGUGGUGAACCUGCAUUCAACGUUAUGGAAGCAUCGGUGGAUUCCUGUCUGGUUCGGGCUGUCGGAACUUUGUCCCUCGUCGUUCUUCUGGCGAUGGAUAGUGCAGCAAUGGUCGAGACGGAGAUAUCGCUGCUGUCCCUGCCGGACGACGCGUUGCUGGCCGUGCUGGCGUUCCUAUCGCCGCGGGAGCUCUUCGCGUGCCGCGUGGCGUGUCGCCGCCUCCGGGACCUCUGCCUGCAUCAGCACCUGUGGCGGGCGGCUACAGUGGAGAGCGAGGGCGUGCUGCGCGCCGCGUUGGCCCUCGCGCCCUGCAUCGGGACCAUCGCUAAAGUCCCCGUGGAGGCUCUGGAACCGCUCGUGUCCACUUCUGCCUGCACCGUCUCCGGGCUCGAACUAAGUGUGUAUGGAGAGAAGUCAGCCGCCUUGGCCUUAGCUUUGCUGUCGAGAUUCUCCGCCGUCUCCAGCGGAUUGAGGUUGACGAAGCUUACCUUAGAUCUUAAUUGGCUUUCCUACGAGACACACUCACUUAUCUUCAAGGCGGUUUAUGCCUUCAACGGUCUGCAGGAUCUUACUUUCAACGAAGACCUAGAUGAAGAUGAAUGGGGUGAACUCGAAGUGCUGCCGUCCUUGAAGAAGCUCCGUUCAACUUCAUCUUCCACGGGAGCCUUCUUCAACCUGAUGCUGAGGACACAUUGUGCUACUUUGGAAGAUGUUGACGUUUUUUAUCUUGGAACUGACGUCCCUUGGUCGUCACUCGCCAGUCUCUCCAAGCUGCGCUCGCUGAAAUGCUACCAGGGUGAAGGCCUGCCCCAUCUGGCCGCUUUGCCCAUUGCUCAGUUACACAUCGCCUUUGACGGUGCCAUUCCCGGCGCCCUUGAGUUUCUCACCAAGGCAUCCCACAUGCGGACUGUGAAGUUUUGCGGCCUCCCACACGAACUCAAUGCUCCACUGCUUGCUCUGGGAAAUUCGCCCUCGGCAGAAACUCUGGAAAUUCUUGAAGUGAAUGGUAAAGAGGAUUGUAAUUAUGCUUCCGAUGUCUCGGGGAUGGUGGUGGCAUCCGUUCUGCCUAAGUUUCCCUCUCUGAAAAGCAUCAUCAUGUCCAUAGAUGAUGAGCUAUCGGAAGACCUCCUGCAGGCCGUGACCCCAACGUCCUCUCCCUGCCUCACGAUGCUGGAGAUACUUCAAACGGGUUCUUCUGAAACGACCCUUUGCCUCCAUGAAGCUGUGCACGGUCCAUUUGUCCUCGACCUCUUCGUGCGAAACCCCCGCCUGCACCUUCGCGUGGUGGACUGCUACCGUGCGUACUGCAAGUUUUGCCCGUGGUGUCGGUGGGGCUGCCAUGCGCGACUUGGUCGCGGCGCUGUGGUGUCCUUGUCGUCGCAUAGUUGGAGGGCCGGGUGCCCCCUGGACUGUUAUCAGGUCAUCAGGUCUGAUGACCAACCGUAUGCUGAGGGAGAAGAAGAUUCUUCACCUAAUUGAUAGUGUGCCUUUCUCGUAAUGAUUAAAAACCUGCAUUAACGAA